CCUGCACACAGCUGCCGCCUCCAGGACUCUGCGUCUGUGAGCCGCGUACGCUCGCUGGCUGCCUUUAGGCACAGCGUGAGGCAGGCGCCACAGCUCGCGCACGCGAGGUCCUCGGAACGCGGGAAAGGUGGGACUGACGGCAGCGGGACUUCGGGAAGCGAGCCGGAAGUACGCGAGAGGCGAAGGGCGCGCGCUUCCGGCCGGUGCGUGGACGACGGCCUGGCCGCCAAGUGCUGUCCCUCGGUGGGCUGUGGUCCUGUGCUCUGUGGGCCGCCAGGGUUCCGCACCGUGUGCCGUCCGCUCGACCCGAGGUCUUCAGUUUCCGCCAGGUCUGGCCGUCGGCUGUGACGACAAUGAGCAACAAAGAAGGAUCAGGAGGAGGGUUCAGGAAAAGGAAGCACGACAAUUUCCCACAUAACCAGAGAAGGGAAGGGAAGGAUGUUAACUCGUCUUCACCUGUGAUGUUGGCCUUCAAAUCCUUUCAGCAGGAACUUGAUGCAAGACAUGAUAAGUACGAGAGACUUGUGAAGCUUAGUCGGGAUAUAACUGUUGAAAGCAAAAGGACAAUUUUUCUCCUCCAUCGAAUUACAAGUGCCCCUGAUAUGGAGGAGAUAUUAAUUGAAUCAGAAGUAAAGUUGGAUGGUGUGAGACAAAAGAUAUUACAGGUAGCCCAAGAGUUAUCAGGAGAAGAUAUGCAUCAGUUCCACCGAGCCAUUACUACAGGAUUGCAGGAAUAUGUAGAGGCUGUCUCUUUUCAACACUUCAUCAAAACACGAUCAUUAAUCAGUAUGGAUGAAAUUAAUAAACAGUUGGUAUUUACAACCGAAGACAAUGGGAAAGAAAACAAGACUCAGCCUUGCUCUGAUGCACAGGACAAGCAGUUUGUUACUUGGAGAUUGAAAAUCACACCGGUUGAUUACCUUCUGGGAGUGGCUGACUUAACUGGCGAGUUAAUGCGGAUGUGUAUAAACAGUGUGGGCAAUGGUGACAUUGACACCCCCUUUGAAGUGAGCGAGUUUUUGCGUCAGGUUUACGAUGGGUUUUCCUUCAUUGGCAAUACUGGACCUUAUGAGGUUUCGAAGAAGCUAUAUACCUUGAAACAAAGCCUGGCUAAAGUGGAAAAUGCUUGUUACGCCUUGAAAGUCAGAGGUUCAGAAAUCCCAAAACAUAUGCUGGCAGAUGUGUUUUCAGUUAAAACAGAAAUGAUCGAUCAAGAUGAGGGUAUUUCUUAGAAUAAUGCCACUCAUUUCGUGAGAACUCCUAAGAGAGACCAGUUUGUACAAGACUGUUAAGUGUUUAAUUUGACUUUAUUGUGGCUUUUAUGUAGAAAUGUUUUCAGUUGUACUUGUUCUAAAUUGUAUACAAGCUGUACAUAAAGUUAUCUAAAUGAGUCAUUUUGUAUAUCUUAAAAUUUGCAUACAAAUUUUUGCAUCUAUGCCUGUGUGAACUAUUUGCUGGCUCACCAUCAUUUACCUUUGUUAUGCAAACAUGCUUUGGAUUGCACUUUCUGCCACAUCUGUGUUAAUUUACUUCGUGUGAAUUUUGGAGUGGUAGUUGUUAGAAGCCAUUUCUAAUUUAAGCUGGUAACUUUGAAUAUAUGUUAAUCAUCUCUUAGUUAAGCUCUGCACUUGAGCUUCCUGUUUAAAUUUCCUGGUGAUAUUGUGCCACACCUCUAAAAUAGGAUUAUUUUGUGGAACAAGAAUUAAAAAUAAGCUUCCAAUAUUUUCAAGUACAAGUUUAUGAAGUAUUAUAGUAAAACUUUACAUUAUGGUAUGACUAAUUUUAGGCCAUUUGAAUUUGUCUGAACUAGCCUCCCAGAAAAACUUACAGCCAUAAUUUCUUCAUUUAAUUUUUGUUCAUUGAAGAACUGAUGGGAAAGUGGAGCUAAUGUUAUAAUGCUUUCACUGGUAAAGCUGAGUUGAUUUGUGUAUAGAACUGGAAGUGAUGAUUCUGUUACCAUUGUAUUGUUAUUAGGCAUGUUUGGAGGCCUUCCUAGUAUAACAUCUAUGAGAAAUUAAAUAAUCCUAAUACAGUUUUGAGAUACUAAAUUAAUCCAACAAUUGUCCUGUGGCAUUAACUGAUAAAUGAGAGUUGCCAAAGAAAGUUUAUGUACAUUUCAGCAAUAAGAUAAUUAUCCACACAGUUGAGAACAGCAGUGGUAGUCUCUGGUAAUAUUUAGAAUUGGAAUUUGUAUACAGAGAUUAGUUGUUGAUUAUAAUUUGUGAUGUGAAAUUGCCUGGAACAUAACACUGUUGACCCACAACUAGGCAUCUAUAAUUGGUGUGUGAAUUCUGAGAAUCUAGAUACUAAAUUUUAUUUUUGUAAAUUUCAGUGCUCUGUUUGUAAGGGCUGAUUAUUUUACAAUGUAAUUUUCCAAAACCUACCACCUAAAGGAAAAUAAAACAUGAACAUGCAUAUGAAAUUAGUUUGCUUGCUGCUGGUUGCUUUGAUGAUGGUGGAGAUUUUUGGUUUUCAUAUUCUGUGGUACAUUGUUGAGAUGUAGUCGGUCCCAUUGCAUAUCUUCUGUUUGUUCUAACUUGAAGCAAGUUUAUAAUGGUAUAAUGUUAAAUGUAAACUAAUAACGGAUUGAAGAAUGUUUUACGGAUGUUGAAAACUGUAUUCUUUUGAAUAAAAUACUAAAAUAUGGAA